AUGCGUGCGACUACAACAUUUCCGCAAAUCUUUGGCGCUCGAUGCUUCCCUCCAAUCGCUUCAGUAAACUCUUCCUCACCGCUCACCGGCGUAUUGGAACAUCGCAAAUUUUCCAACUCAGUUGCACUCCACAAGAAGAAGGAUAAAUUAAGAUCAUCUUCCAGCGCAGUAGCCGAAGAUAGAGCCCUUAAAGUCUCACUACCUUCUGGUGACCCAUACGAUCUCUCCCAGCUGCAUGAUGGUAUCUCUACUGCUUUGUCCAGCCUGAAAGAUGAUCUCUCCAAAUUCCGUGGCGGUGGUCGGUUUGAUAUAAAUGCCAUUGAGAGCCUUCGGGUACAGCUCAGCAAGGCGAAGAAAGAGACACUGAGACUUGGAGACUUAGCCCAGGUCAUACCGAAGGGCGGACGCUUGGUUACAGUCUUGGCUGCGGAAGAGGAUCACGUUAAAUCAAUUAUCUCUGCAAUCAUCUCCUCCAACCUAUCUUUGACCCCUCAAGUCGAUCCUCACAAUGCUCUCCAGCUCAAUGUUCCCAUUCCACCACCUACGAAAGAAUCCCGGGAACAGGCAGUUACCAUGGCCAAGAAAGCCAUGGAAAAAGCGGUUACGGCAGUGCGGGAUUCGAGAGGCGUUGUGCACAAACGACUCCAAGACAUGCAGAAAAAGAAGACUGCUAGACCGGAUGAUGUGCGAAAGGCACAGGAACAGAUGGAGAAACUCUCAGAGAAGGGGCAGAAAGAUGUGAAAGAAAUAUUUGAAACAGCAAAGAAGGCCAUGGAGAGAGCAAACUGCUGUCCAGUCACCGAGAGUUACAACCGGGAGCCCAAGCCACAUCGGCAACAGCAACCAAAAAUGAGGACGGUUAAACACGUCUUGUAG